UUUCUCUCUAAUCUGAAUAUUUAUUUGUAAUGGCUUCAAGAUUUUUAACUAUCUUUUUCAUAACAAUUUUUGUAAUUACCACAACAUUUGCGCGUGUGCUAAAUCAAAGAGAUAUUUAUAAUGACAAUAUGGUUAGGUCUAAUGAAGAGGAUUAUAAUUAUUUUGAUUAUGAAGAAAAGGAUUCUGAUUAUCCAAAAGUACCCACAAAGCCCGUUAACUUGUUUAAUAAACUAAUUCAAGUACUUCAAAAGGUUGCUAAAGAAGAACGAAUGACGAACGAUUUACAAGGAGAAAGAGAAUUUAUACUGGAGAACCCUCAAGUAGAAAAAAUAAGUAAAAAAAUUUCAUCGAGAAGCUCUAGUCCAACGGCCAAGCUUCAACGACGUGGACAUGUAAAUGGAAGUGUAUAUUGGCGAUGUUAUUUCAACGCUGUUACUUGUUUUAAAAGAAAGUAAUUCAAAAUAUUAAAUAACAAUCAAUAAUUGACCAAGUAUUAAUUAUUUGAAAAUUUAUGUUUAAAUU